AUGGCGGGUGAGCCAGUACUUCAGCGGCCAAAGCGCCUACGCAACACCCUGGGACUGUCAGCGGGCAGUGGCGUAAUGGACCAAGCCAACAACGAGUCCCACGACACCUCCUCGACAACUCCACGUGCUCGUCCCGUCGACGACGACCCAGACCAAGGCUCUUCCUCGCCACCCACCAUCUCCACACCCAGCAAGUCCAAGCCCAAGAACAAGUCCACCACCACAAGCACCCCCAAAUCCAAAAAACGCAAAUCCCGCCCCAAAGGCUACGCCGACGACUCCGACUCCGACUACCGCGCCCCCAGCACCACCACCUCACGGAAAACCUCUCGCCGCGCCUCCUUCGAAACCGACCCCGACGGCGACUACGGCGGCUCCAUGACGCCCACCCGCAAGAUGACCCGGCCGAUCCUGUCGCGCUACUCGUAUCGCAAACUCAUCAGCGAGGCGAAUGAUUCGGGCGACGAGGAUGACGAGGAUGAGCGGGAGGGGCUGUGUUUGGCGAGUUGUCCGUUCUAUGAGACGGCGGAGAUGCUGGAGUGUGAGGGGGUGGAGUGUGGUGGGCGGAGGUUUCAUCCGGGGUGUGUGGGGUUUCGUGUGAAGCCGGUGUUGUGGGAGGGAAGGGGGUGGUUUUGUUUUGAGUGUCGGAGGGUGGAGGGGAGGGGGUUGAGGACGAAUGGGGUUUUUGUGGAGGGGGAGGAGGAGGGGGAGGUGGGUGAGGUGGUUUGA